UUCGCAGAUCCGUAAACUGACAGCCAGCGGCGCGACCGCAGCUUACAGCAGGCUCUGGGACGUGGACUAUUACAUCAAUUAAAAAGCGAGUCUUGUAGUCUACAAAGACUAUUGAUUACAUCGAUAUAUUUUUUCUUUCUUUUUUAAAAAAUCUUAUCGCUGAGCUACAUACAGUACCGUGCGAAGAUGAAUCCGUUGUGUAGCAGAUGUAACCGAGUCGUGUACCCCACGGAAAAAGUGAAUUGUCUGGACAAGUACUGGCAUAAAGGAUGUUUCAGCUGCGAGGUCUGCAAAAUGACUCUAAACAUGAAGAAUUACAAAGGCUUUGAGAAGAGACCAUACUGCAAUGCACACUACCCCAAGACCACCUUCACCAGCGUAGCCGAUACACCCGAGAACCUCCGUCUCAAACAGCAGAGCAAAAUGCAGAGCCAGGUGCUGUACAAGGAGGAGUUUGAGAAGAACAAAGGGAAGGGCUUCAGCGUGGUGGCUGACACGCCGGAGCUGCAGAGAAUCAAGAAGACGCAGGACCAAAUUAGCAACAUUAAGUACCACGAGGAGUUUGAGAAGAGCCGAAUGGGAGGAGAGGCACCACCCCACAGCCCAACCACAGCUGCAUAUCAACAGCAGCCUGCUGCCUCUCAGAACUACAACUACGAGCCAGCCCCUGAACCUGUGCGCCAAGCGGCAGCUGCACCGCCCCCUAGUGCAGGGAAGCGGUACCGGGCGGUGUACGACUACACCGCGGCGGACGAAGACGAGGUGUCCUUCCUGGACGGGGACAUGAUCCUGGACGUGCAGCAGAUCGACGAGGGCUGGAUGUACGGCCGCGUGGAGCGCACAGGCCAACAGGGCAUGCUGCCCGCCAACUACGUGGAGGCCAUCUGAGAGAGGGGCGGGCAGGGAGAGAGGAAGGGUCUGAGGAGGAGGAGGAGGAGGAGGAGAAAAGGGAGGGAAAGAAAAGCCCAGUGCCAUCGCAUUUUUAAUCCGCUUUCUUGUUAUUUCGCUCAUUGGUUUGCUCUGCUCUUUAAUACCCGAACCCCCUCGUUCACGUCUACUUUCUUCUGUUCUUGCGCUCAGCUCCCGUAGGGCAGGCUCUCGCCGACUGUCAGUCUGUCUGUCUUCGUCUGCCUGUCAGUCUCUCGAGGUCGACCAAAGUGCAGUCACAAGUGGCACUUAAGUCUUAAUUCACACAGAGUUUGAGGUUGUACUGCUUAAAGCGACCCCCCACCCACCCAAAGCACUUCGGACACCCACAGUCAUUUUGAGCUGAAUAAAGUCUUAAAUAUGAUCGGAUGACAUAGUCAUCCUGUCAAAGAAUGUUGUUGCCAUGGCAGGAGUUUGUGUAGGAUGGGUGAAACAUGACGGCUGGAUAUCAUGCUUCGGCAUGUGGAACUUUUGCCCUGACUCGUACCAUCAGCAUAACACUCCACAACCACUGCCUUCUUUAAUUAGGACCAAGCUGUUCACAUUUAUAGUUCAGCAAGGAGGUUCAGCGUGCUAGUGCAUUUGUGUACAAUCUUGAGUUUUUGUCUCAAAACAUUCCGCACAUCCACCAAAUACCCCUUUGCUGUGGCUUCGAAUAGAAAGAUUUUUAUAUAUUUAUAUCUGUAUCAUGCUCUUACUUGUGGCUUGUGUGUCUUGCACAGCAUUGUGGGUAUUGUAUUAAAACUGGAAUCAAAUCUUAACCCGAGCAGCUUCCCUGCCCUCGGGGGCAUCAGUUCAGCUAGUGUGAGCGCUCCAUAAUCUCACACCAGGCCCAAACAUGCCUUCUGCUGUUGGGCAGGGUCAGAUCUCGCUUCUGCCUACCUGACUACAACUGAUUUUGGGAUUUCAUUACUGGCUGGAGACGAGGGAUCAGGAGCAGACCAGGUUUAGGGGUGGAGCCUGUAGGCAGUAUAACUGUUACUCAAGCUGACCAGAGUUUAUAAUCACAUGUACUCUCAGUAACGGUGCAAUCGGAGGGACAGCGCACCAAUCUUAAUGUUUUUUUUUUUUGCACUUGCUGCCUGAAAUGCCUUCAGCUUUGUAAACAACAGUUUCUCUUGAGGAUGAGUGUCAGUGGGGUUUUGCUAUGCGACUACUAGCCGCCACCCCCCCAGAGAAGAACCACAGACUAGAACAAUCAGGAGAGAGGAGAUCAAGCACAAUUCUAAAAAGAAUUCUCAAUCACUUUUAUCAUUCCAUUGUUUUGUAAUCAAGCAUUCCAAUCCUUAAUCUUGAGUUAUGUGCCCUGAAAGGACAAUGAUCAGAUUUGUGUUUAAUGGCAUUGUUAUUAUUGUUACUUUUGUUAUUCCUGUAUUGUUGCUCAUUUUUCCGCAUAUCUUGCUCUUUUUCCAUCUCAUUGCUUUCGCCCCAAAGUGACCGAAAAAAAAUCUUUUUAUAUUCAAUUAAACAAUAUCAAAUAAAGAAGGACAGUUUCAUGUACCAAGUCAGGCUGGUGUCACAACUUGUACCAACAGAUAUACUCAAGAUAUAAUCAAGUAAUUCGGUCUAACGUGUCUUAGCUGUGGAUCCUCCAAGAUACACAUACUCCUGUGUACAGGUCUCCCCUGAUAUCCUUAAACACUCAGCAGAGGGCAAUGUCUGAUUUCAGGGAAUCAGGUGUGUCUCUACUGCAACAUUUGCGCUAUUUGGACCUUGCGGGUAGUUCAGAUUUCAUUGAGACCCGUCUGUUAUUUUAAGGCACAUCAGUGCUGGAUAUUAACUUUAACCACAGUAUCUGCAAUUGGCACUUUGGUCUUGAACCAAAGCCCUGCAGGGAACAUACAGCCCUACAUAUCCAAUGCAGAUAGGCUGUGUGUAAAAACACCUCCAUUCCCAGUAAAGCACAGGCCUGGCGCUCGGGGAAAAUACAGAGGGGUGCAAUUGCAAACCACGGGGGGCACAAAAAGUCAUAAAUACAAUGCAGACAUUGGGAUAUAAGAAGACAAUUGGGGAUGCAGUGCACCCCUAAGCACCCCCAUAGAGCCAGGCCUGCAUAACAAUACACACCAUGAUAAUAGUUUGUUGGUUGCAAGUGUGGUUUCUACUGGAGAUUUUUUUAAGAGAAGGAAUCUUGUUUUCUUCCAGCUUAAAUAUUCCUCCAGUAAGUCCACAGACCUGCCAUGUGGUGGAUGCUGAGGAAUAGCCUUCGUUGAUGCAGUGAUGCAAGGUAGUAGGUCAGGAAUAUGAUGUACUACACAUACACAGCAUUGUGAUGUCAGAAAGCAUUGUGGACUAAAUUAACCAUUUUGAGUAUGUAGUGGGCUUCAGGCUAGACUGGAGUUGCUACCCUCUAAAUGCCACUGUUUGUUAAGAAGAACCAUGGCCUACUUUCUGAUCAGUGGCCAGCCUGCCCGUACGGAGCUCACUUUCUAAAGACAGUGCAUUUUCUUUAAGAAGGCCGAGCCCCGCGUGCCUCCUUGUCUCUGCUGAAGAGCUCUUGGGAAGAUCUCUCUCUAUCAGUGUCUGAAUAUUCACGAGCUGGCAGACAAGCAGGCCUGGAAGCACUUUGAUUCUGAAUGACUGGUGGGUGCGGUGACUGUAUGCAUGUCAAUAGUUGCAAUCAGGACCAAACAAGCAGCCGUCUCACCGCUAAUGAAUAUUCACAAGCACCUGCCUUCGUGUGAAGUACGUAGCUUCAGCAAGACGAGGAGAGCAUUUCCAUUGUGAAAGGCUGAGAGUCGGAGAGUUUUCGUGUGAGCAAAUAGUCUGUCCCCCCUCGCUGUCAAUCAUAUUUCUCCCUGCUUUUUCUUUUUUUUUCACCCUCUGAUUCAUUUUGUGAUGCACUGUGACUGUCACAGCGGGAAACGAACAGAAAAGAUACUUUAUUUUCGGCAAAUAUAAUGCUUCAGAGUAUAGCUGAAAGACAAUGCUGAAUUCUGUAUGUAUUUAAAAAAAAUAACAUGAAAUAAAUGAAAAGGUGUGAUGGGGGGAAAAGGGAUUACUUAUAAGAGUGAUGGACAUAGUUGUUUAUACCAAGGAGUGGAAGUUGUUGUGCUGUUUUGGGGUGUUUUUCUUCUGUUAAAUUUCAUGUUGGCCUAUGGUCAAGAACACUGGAGACUGGGGAAUGGUGAUUGGGAUGACAUGACUGAAGAGACUGACAAAAUAAAUAGGAGAGAAGGAUGAGAGUAUCAGAAUUAGAAUAUCUUGGUGGUAGGGGUGAUUAGAAGUUAGUUUAUUGUUGGAAAUUCAGUUCCUCGCAGCAGUGUGUAAUCAUGAUGAAUAAUGAUCAUUAGCGUUGCAUCUUCUCAAACCGCAAAUGCCAUCAACACAUCACACCUCAAGUAACAUUUUUAAAUAGUUCUCACUACUCAGUAACUGGAUGUUUUACUGGUGAAUAUCACUGCUUAUAAAUAGCAGAUGUUGGAAAGGCACAGUGGACAAUUACUCCCUGGAGACAGUAGCUAAGUGGGUUGGAGUGGUGUGCAGAGCGUCCUUGAGUUGGACCAAGUGGUUUUUGCCCAUUGAGUGAUCCUCUUGGAUUAAUCAGAGGCAGACUGUUCAGUGAACAUAACAAACUGCCUUCAUGUAUCCUGUUCUCUGUGGUAGAGAGCUCGUUGUCCGUGUUUCGUUCCGAGGUGUGGUUUCUGGAGUUUCUGAGAUCAGAUAGCCAGUCCUGAAUAGAGUUUCGACCAGGAGCAGAUGUUGAGUGACCACGACCUGUGCUUGGACUGGAGUAUUAAAUAUGCAGUAUGCUGAUCACAGAAGGAGAGAAUGGUACCCCUGAUUUUUGGAUAGCUCUGUCAGGUAAGGAAUAAAGUGCAGAGAGAAGUCAAGCUGACUGGUGGAGGAACUGGAACUGCCUGGAAUGUACCUAUCUGUGCACAAGCUGUACUGAAACACACCUAUCUUGUGCCACUGAGGUGUUGGGGUCUGUCCAGACCCCUCACCUCCUUCUACUCCCCUGCCCAAGCCACACUCCAUUGGGCCACUGUGAGUUCUCCCCCCAACCCCCCUCUCCUAACCUUUUGCGACCCCAUUUGUAAGGACCCAGUACCAUCCCCACCCCCAUCCCUGCUCUCCCUCAUUUUUUUUUCCAUUCAGUGCUACGAUUCUGUCCUCUGAUGCAGUACAGUAUUCAGAUGAGAAAAGAAAAAAAAGUAUUGAACAAACAUAAAAAAACUAUUUCAUGCAUUCCAUCCUCAACAUAUUAUUUUUUUGAUAUAUAUAUAUAUAUAUAUAUUAUAUAUAGUGUACACAUAUUCAAAAAUUCAGCGACUCCUAUUGAGUUUCAAUGACUUGAUUAGCUUCUCUUGUUGCCCUGCCACAGCACCUCUACUUGUAAUGAAUGAU